AGUGGAUCUGAAGCAGGGAGAGGCAACCGGGAACCCGGCGCCCCCGGGAGGGCCGCUGCGCAAUGCCCCCUGUGUCGCAGCAGCGCCCGCCUGGCACCGGCCAGAGCGCCGAGCAGUCCGUGGUCCGCCCGCGCCCGCUGGGUGACUGCCUCGGGCCGCUGACUCCGCGCUUCGAGCGGCAGCACUCCCAGAAGCUGCUGAGCUGCGGUGCGGUCGUGACGCUGGCGCCGGCGCCGGGGGUCCAGGAGUCUUGUGGCCCCGCAGCGGUGGGCUUCGGUGCCGCCGCGGGGGUCGCGGAGCAGUGGUGCAUGGAGGGCUUCCUGCUGGGCGCCGCCGAGCACGCCUCGCACGUCCUGUCGAAGGUCCCGGUCUUGAGCCCCAGCGUGGCCACCUCCGUGGCGGAGGCCGUCGGCGCCCUCAACCGGGGCGCGGUGGCCUGCGAGGGGGGCCUCUGCGCGGUCUACUCCGAGAGCAGCGGGGGGUACGUGAUCCUCUACCGGGGGGGCCGCUCAGAGGAGGCCCUCGCGCUGGCGGGCUCGUGCACGGAGCGGCGCCCGCGCGCCGCCGGCGCCGCCAGCCCCUGCGGCAACGGCGGUGGCCGCUGGCGGGGCCCGUGCGCGGAGGACAGCCUGGGCCACGCCAGCACGACCGCUUCCCCCUGCGGCAGCAGCAGCCGCCAGGAGUCGCCCUGGCGCGGCGACGCCGGCAGCUCGCGCCGCGGCAGCCCGGAGUCCGAGCGCGGCGGGCGCGCGGAGGACGUCUGGGCCGCGAGGGUGCACCCCGACGUGCCGCCUUGGUCGUGGGCCAGCUUCAAGCUCGGCGGCGAGGCGGAGGUCGGCCCCCUCCUGGGUGCGGCCCAGACGCUCAGGAGAGAGGACACGACGUCGACGGCGCAGGCCGUCCAGUGGCUGAACGAGGGGCGCAUCCGGAGACUCAGCGCGCUGGCCGCCCUGGGGCUGCCAGAGGUGGCGCAGGCGUACGCCGCCAGGGUGCUCCUGCGCGCCGCAGGCCGCCUGCCGCAGCUGGGCGACGAGGCGUGGCGCGCGGAGACGAGGCUGCGGUGGGCCCGCGCCACGUCGGGCCUGCCCUGGCCCGCGGCGCACGGCUUGGCGGUGGCUGCGCCUCCGGCCGCGGGCGCCAGCCCUGGGGCCGCCCCUCCAGACGAGGCGCCGCGUGCCGUGGAGGAGCUGUUGGCGCCCGCGCGCGAGCGGCUGGGGCGGCGGGUGCAGGAUCAGCUGGCGGCCUACGACUCGGGGCGCGCAGGCGCCCGCCCGCCGGGGGAGUGCCGCGAGGAUUGCGAGGCCCGCCUGCGCACCGGGGCGCUGCGGGAGCUGCGGGCGCUGCUGGAGCGGGCGGCGGGGGAGGAGGGACACGCUGGCGACCGGUCCGGCUGCGCGGAGGGGGCGGAGGCGUGCGCCACCGCGGAGGCUUCGGGCCCGAUCUGGCGGGUGGUCGGCGGCGCGGGCCGGGGCGGGAUCGUGGUGCGCGCGGGGCGCGGCGUGGGCUCGCCCGCGGAGGCGGAGCGGCUGGCGACGGGGUCUUUGGUGGAGCAGCUGGCCCUGGUGAGGGACCGGCUGCGCUACCAGCGGCUGUCUGGAGCGGGCCCCCCCACGGGGUGGGUGAGCGUGGUGAUCCGCGGGCCUGGCGGUGAGGAGAGGCCGCUGGCCGUGAGGCACGGUCCCGAGCAGCUAUCGCGCGCGUCGCCGCGGCCGCCCCCGCAGCGGGUGGCCUUGGUGGGGCUGAUGGCGGCGCAGAUUCGCACGGAGGGGCGGCUGCGGCGGCUGAGGUUCGUGCUGCUCUCUGUGCGGGGGCAGGAGCCCUGGCGCCCAAGCGGCGGGGGCGAGGACCGGUCGGACUUCUUCUUCGUCCUGAGUUGGGCGUGCGCCACCGAGGAGCUCGGCGAGGGGCUGGCGGGCAUCGUUGAAGAGGUGAACGGCCUGGCGCUGCCUGGCCCCAGGAUCGUCUCGGCCCCGCAGGCGCAGCCGCGCUCGCAGUUCCAACACCUGCGAGAGGCCCUGGGGCUGGCCGAGGAGCUGGUGCGGCAGGCCUGGGCCCCGGUCUGCCCAGCGCCUGGGGAGGCUGAGGGGUGCCGCUCUGCCUGGGUAGUCUUCGGGGACGACGACGACAUCUGGCACCCGAAGAGGAUGGCCGAGUGUUCGAGCGCCAUCGUGACUCACCGGCGGCCCCGCGGCGUCGCCGCCUUCGCCACCGCCUCGCGCGUCGUGUGCGCGCGCCGGCGGCGGGUGCGCCCCGAGGAGAUGCCGACGACAGCCGGGGAGGUGGACGCCUUUCUCGCCCGCGGGCUUGGGACGAGGCUGGACGCCGAGCCAGGGUGGGCCGAGUGGCUGCGCAGCGACCGUGCGGAGCCAGGCGUGCUGCCAAUCCCGCAGGAGCUCGGUCUGGAGUACUUCGACUUCUGUCCGCGCCUCCGGCUGGUGCGCGAGUUCUUCGCCAGGACCCCAGAGACCGUCGUCAGCCACCGCCUCUGCGACCUGCGCUUCUGCGAGUUCCUGCGGUCUUACCCGCACCGCGGGCGGGAGGCGGGCCUCGUCGUGUCCUUCUUCCGGCCGGGCUGCUGGAUGCUCUUCUACGCGACCGCCCUUCCGGAUGCGGCGCGGUGGGAGAGGAGCGUGGAGGCCGCAGAGCAUGGAGAGGCCGGACGGUAUCCCGGCAGUGUCGGGCCCAGUGCCCUGGGCAUCGACGUGAACGACGGGCACAUGUCGUCAUCCCUCGUGAUAGGGCCCGUGGAGCUCGAGCUCGCCGAGCGGGUGUUCCCAGAGUUCCAGCUCUACGAGGCUUCGAUGACGACGUCGCGGUUGGCCCGGUAUUGGGCGGCCUUCCGCAGCACUAUGGAGACGCACCUUAUCCGUAGAUGCCAGGACAAGCUCGAUCAGCGGCUUUUCGACGUCCAUGUCUUCGUCGCGGUCAACAGCUCUUUUUUCAGGUUCUCAGACUGGCUGGAGAGGAUGCCCGAUCAGUCGAGAGCUGAGUCGGCGUGCCGGAUGAUGUACUACGUCGGCCAGGGGUUCGCGAAGGCGAUCGCGUCGAGCCUCGGCGUCAGCAUCCUAUGGGUCCAGCCAGGCAUUUUCUACGGCACGGACGUGCCGCCGCCGUGCCCGGCCGUGGUCGCCCUGCGCGCGCGCGCGGGCGCGCAGCGGGCCCGCGCCGCGCGAGCCGCGGGGGCGCCUCCCCGCAAGGCCGUGGGCGUGGCCGAGGCGCUCGACGUGCAGCCGGGGCUCGACCUGGCACUCUGGCUCUACCUCGCUGGGUCCAGCAAGAAUGGGGUGCAGGGCCACGGCGAGCUUGGCCGAGGCGUCGACGGGGCAGCUACCUUCGCAGCAAAAGCGCGCCCAGGCGACCCCAUCAAGCAGGACGCGCUGGCUUUCUGGGUCAACGCUAUAAAGGGCUGCAGACAGCGCAGAAACCAACGUGCCUACUCGCAGCACAUCCGCGCGAAUUACGACACGAACUACUGGAAGUACCCGGAGGGCAGACCUGUACGCACAACGGACAUGGCCGAGCUUACAGACGUGAUGACAGAGGCGCUGCCGCCUGCCUGCCAGCGCGCGCUGACGGGCCCUCGGGACUCCGCCGCCCCUGCGCGGCGGAGCCGCCGCGGCAUCCGCGAGGCCAGCGACUGGCGAGUGCCACUCGACCCUGCGGCAGGCGCGGGAGUCGGGGGCAGCGUCCCGGCCCACGCCGCCGGUGCCCACGACGUCCGGCGAGGCGUCGGGGGCCACACCCACCUCCGCACGCGGCAUCUCGCCCACGGACACGUGCGGCCUGCUGCAAGGCUGGCGGAGCGGCUGCAGCCGGGGACGGAGGGGUGGUCGGGGAUCUGGCUCCGGCAGGCAGGCUCCGCGGCCAGGCAGGCCCGCGGUCGAGGAGUGGGCGGCCAAGGUGGACAGAAGAUCGAAAUCCUGCAGCGGGGGGCAGAGGAGGUCAAGGUCGGUGCCGUGGUGUUUUCGACUCAGCUCCAGGGGGAUAUCCAGAACUUGGAGGCCAAGGUGGUGGCGAACCUCAAGCAGGUGGCGGAUGUGGGCGUGGCUGCGUUCACCAAGACGAUCGAUGACUUCAAGAUCGAGCUGGGCAAGCACCAGUACUACCACAACCAGGCGCGCUCGGGGAUCGUGCAGGUCGUGGCGCAUGCUGCGGUCAAGUUCCAGGAGAUUGAGAAGGCCAUGCUGGGCAGCCAGAAGCAGAUGCGCGACGUGGAACAACAGCUUCGGGCUCAGCUGCAGGCUGAAUUCGCCGCUUUCGAGGGCCGCCUCGCUUGGCUUUCAGCGGUGCCGCCAGCGCCUGCGCCGCCGCUACCCUCCACAAGCUUCCACCACGUGGCGGGGCCGAGCUCUUGUCCUGACGUGCGGCGGCUCCUGCUGUGGGCGGAGCGGCACGCGAGCGUGAUCGACGCAGCUGCAGAGCGCAGGAGGGCCGCGGCGGCCGGGGGGACGGAACGCGUCGAGGACAUCAGCUACGUCGUUCUCGAGGCGACCAAGUUCAUCCUUCACGACAGUCUUCUGAGCCGCGCUCGCACCUGCGAUGGUCGUGGUUCGGAGUUGUGGCGCAAGAUUUGCUCCGCAUUGGAAUGUGCAGCGCCUCAGGUGGUGGCCGCGAGGGCUAACUCCGUGGAGAAGCGCCUGCCCGACGAGCUGGUGAGGACGGGCUUCCAAUGGGGCCAUCGGCUCGUGGCCUUCGCCCUGGUGGCCGAGAUCGAGCGGCCUCUGGUUGCCGCGCCGCACCUUUCGGCCGCGGGCAACGUGGCGGUGCUGGAGAAGGACGGGGGUGAGAUCAACCACGAGGGAGCCGCCGUCUGGACCGAGUCGGGCUCCUCCCGUUCCGACCUCGUCGACUCCAUGCGGGCUCUGAAAGCGGCGGCCGGCGCCGAUCCGCUCCCAGAUCUGGGCCGCGACGAAAUCGGCCGCCUGGUCGCCAAGAUGGCGCUUGACAAGGCCAAAGGCGUCGACGUGCUGAGGCCCGCGGACGUUCGGCGUCUGCCGAGUGAGGGCCGCUCGCAGUUCGUGGCGGCUUCGAGUCGCGCAGAGUCCGCCGGGGCGUGGCCAGUUCAGAUCUUGCUCGCGGUCUGCGCGACCCAGCGGUUGAAUUCCCGCUUCUGGACCGCCUGCAGCGCUGACGCUUUUUUCCGCGUGUCCUUGAGGUGCUCGAACACUAGGGCCUCUCAUGACCUGGUCUUCGCGGUCCAUGUCGACCCCAGCAGCCCGUCGCUGCCCCUGGCCAAGCGCCACCCUGCGAUCGGGAACGCGAUGGUCGAUUCGAUUGCCGGCGCCCCGUGGGCGGCGCUGCCCCAAGCGAGGUCGCCCGCCAUGGGCUCGGAGCCCUCGCCGGGCGAAGAGGGCGCGCCAGAAGCCAGGAACGAGCGUCUCGGCCGCGAACGAGUUGGCGGCGCUGCUUGGGUUGGAGGGCCCCUUUGCGACGCCAGCGGCGGCGCCGGCGCCGGCGGCGCCGGCUCCUGCGGCAGCCCAGGAGGCGCCCGCGGCCCCGCAUGGCGCCGCCAACGACGGCGCGGCGCCCCCGCUGAGCAGCGGAGGUUCGGCCAGCCAGGAGCCGGCCGCAGCCGAGGAGGCCGCGGCCGCCCCGGCGGCCGACGGCGCUGCCCCAGCCGCGGGGGCGUCGGCCGCUGCCGCGCGGGAGCCGGAGGGGGAGGAGCGGCCCGAAGGCGCGUCGCUGUCCGCCAGCGCCCCGACCUUCGAGAUGCCGCUGGCGUCGAGGCUCCCUCCGAGUCACAAGGCGCUUCUGCGGGGUGGUUACCACAACCCGUGCACCGGGGAGCUCAUACCCGGAUUACAUCGGCACGCUCAAGAGCUACAGCAUGCAGAAGGGGUUCGGCUUCCUGGAAUGCGAGCAGUCCUUCAUGGAGGAUACGGCACGGACGUGUUCAUCCACAAGAACUUGGUGCCCAACCCGUGGAACGUCGGCCAGCCGCUGGAGUUCGCGGUGAUGGCGAACACCCGCGGGCAGCCGCAGGCCAUCGACGUCCAGUGGCUGCCGCUCCUCCCGAACGCCGCCAAGCGCCGCGCCAAGGGCAGAACCGCCGAGAGCACCGGGGGCACCGGGGACAGCGCGGGGUCCGCCCGGGACGCCGGGUUUGCCACGGCCCCGGGCCAGGCGCAGCGGAGGAUCGGGAAGCUGAAGAGCUUCUCCCCGGCGCAGGGCUACGGCUUCAUCUCGUGCGAGGACGACGUGUUCACCGAGUUCCAGCGGGACACGUACUUCGACAAGUCGCAGCUCCCCAAGAACCCCUACCGGCUCGGGCAGACCGUCGAGUUCUCGGUCACCGCGAACCCGCGGGGGCAGCCGCAAGCCCGGGGCAUCGACUGGGACCCAGUGCCCAUGCUCGCGCCCGAGCACCCGGGCACCAUGAUGACGCAACAGGACCUUUGGACGUGACGCGGAACAUCUCCCACGAGGCGUCCGACAAGCUCCGGAGGCUGCUGAAGCUGCACCACGAGCGGCAGCUGGAGAGGCCCAAGACCCCGCACUGGGGCUGUCCCUGCGGAGAGAGCGCGAACUGGGCGAGCAGGCUUUCGUGCAGGAGAUGCGACAAGGGCGCGCCUCUCCUCACGCGUCAGAGGGCGGUCGAGCGAGCGGCAGGCCCUGCCGCGGAGUCGGCUCCGCCCAAGCCGCCUGGCGCUGCCGGCAAGACCAAGCCGCGCGCCAAGGCCAAGGACAAGGGGGAGGUGGUGGACCUCGAGGGGGCGGACGACGGCGGCUGGGUGCACGGCGGAGGCCAGCCGAGGCGCGUGCGCUUCGCGGAGGCCGAGGCCCGGAGCGGCGGUCAGGCCCCCAAGCUUGCUGAGGCCGUCGCGCUGCUGGAGGCCGACGGGCUGGACAUCGGCGAGGAGCAGAAGAAGAAGGUGGGGCUGGGCAAGGCCGAGACGGGCCCUCCUGAGCCCAAGGCCCCGCCGACUCACCAGUCCGUGGUGCAGUCGGCCAUGUGGAAGGUCACGAACGUGGGGAAGAAGCUGGAGAAGGCCAAGGCGGCUUUGGCAGCGGCGAAGGAGGUCCUCGUCGAUGCCCAGGCGGCCGUGGAGGAGGCCAGCAAACACGAGGCCGAGCAGGCUGGCCUUUCGCCUGCAGGCCCGUCGGCCCUGUCGGCGGACCGCGACACCCUGGCCCAGGCGACGCUGGGGGCGCGGUGCGUGGCCGAGCUCAAGGGAGGCAUGGAGGUCGACUCCUUCUUCGCAUCGGUCGGGGCCCUCGACGACGACGAGCGGAAGGAGCUCGAGGCCUUCCUCGCAGACAAAGGCUGCCCGCUGCCCAAGCGCGCCAAGCUGCACCUCGGGCGCGAGGCCGCAGGUCCCGUUUGUUCCGAGCACUGCUGCGAGCACCCCGGCGCCGUCGGCGAUUGGGGCUUCUGCGAGAGCUGGGUCUUCGACGGGUUGCCGGAGCUGCCAACGCUGGACCAGCUCUACGCCGAGUUCGUUAGCCUCUUGGCGGAGGACCUGGGCGGCCGCUUCGAUUGGGACGCCGUGGAGACGGCGAAGCACGCAGGUCGGGAGCAGGGGCCGUCUUUCGUCCCGCGGCCUGCCUUCACGAAGGCGCAGGGGCCUUUCUUGCGGGGCUGCGAGCAGGCCAGGCGCUGGAGGCACAUCGGCAGCCUGCUGUGGGAGAUGCUUCAGGCGCGUCGCCGCCUUCGCCUCGAGCACCGGCGGCCGCAGGAGCUGGCCUUGCUGUCCGCUCUCCAGGGUAAGCUCGGACGCCUGGCGGCGACGGACCUGGUGGGCGACCUCUUUCCAAGGGGUGAGGCCCGCCGGCGCCGGCGCCAGACCGAGCUGGCUCGGGAGCUCCGUGCAGUGGGCAACCUCACUUUCCAGGAGGUGCAGGCGCUGGAGAAGCAUGCCAGGGCGGUGGCGGAGAGGUCCUGCGAGGAUGCGGUGUGGCUCCAGAGUUUCGACGCGGACCACGCGAGGGCGAUGAAGCUGGAGACAAUCACGUCCAUGCUGGAUUUGAGCAAGGUGCUCAGCCCGCGGAUGCUUGUCGGCAUGGUUGAAGAUGGCAUCUAUAGGCGUCUGAUGCGCGAGGUCUCCUUCCACCCUGGCUUCGAGGCGCUGCGGGGUCGCCCACCUGACCUGGGCCCGAUCAGGUUCGCGCUGGCGGGCCCUCGAGCGCAGGGGCACAAUGAGAUGGUGCAACUUCUGGAGGCCCUCAUCGCAGGAGGGUUGGUGUCCCAGUUCGACCUGUGCGUGGAGCGCUCCGAGACCGACCCCGGUUGUCAGUGGUGCAAGCUGGAGCUCGGGCUGAAGGAGGUUGCUCUGGCCGGGCGCGCGGCGGCGCCCGACGACCUGGGCAUGCUGCGGGGCUUGGUGAAUCUCAAGUUCGAUCAGGCUCCGCCGCCGUUCAACCGGAGCACCGGCAGGGACGGGAUAGACUACGUGACCUACGUGCUGGACCGCCUCGGGGCCCCGCAGGCAGGCGAAGAGCAGGACCCGGCCACAGGUUGGGGAUCGAAGGGGGCAGGGGCCUCUGCGAUCCCCAGGUUUCCACUGGUGCUGCAGCGCCUGCCAGGCUGCUGCGACAGUGGCGUUGGCUGCAGGUGCGGCCCAGAGAUCACCGCGUGGGCCUUGGAGCUGCUGGCCAGGGUCGCCCCGCUUGCCUGCUGCGUGUGGGGUGCCCUGGAGGUCGCCGCGUGGGCCGUGAAGCCGCUGUUCGAGCUCGGCGCGCUGGCUUGCUGCGUGAGCGACGGCCUGGACGUCGCCGCGCGGACCGUUGAUUUGCCUGCCGAGUUCGCCGUCGCCGCGCUGGCCGCGGUGUUGCUGGCCGAGCUCGCUGUGCAUAUUAUUUGUGAGAGGAGCGGCGUCGCGCAGGCUGUGGAGCCGCCGCUGGCCAAGCCCGCCUUCCUGGCCUGCAUCCUGAGGGGCGGCCCUGCCCCGCGCGAGCCUUGCGUGAAUGGCGGCCUGGGCGUCGCCGCGCGGGCCGCGGAAGUGCUAACCGAGCUUAGCUUGCCAGCCUGCUGCGUAAGACGCGGCCCGGAUGUCACCGCGCGGACUGCGGAGCCGCUUGCCGAGCUCGCCGUCUUGCUGCGUGAGGGGCGGCCCAGAGGUCGCCACGCGGGCCGCGCGGCCGUUGGUCAAGUUCACCGUGCCGUGAUGGGCGGCUGUGGCCUCGCCGUGCUUGCCUGCUGGGGAAGGGCGGCCUGGAGGUCGUCGCGCGGGCCGUGGAGAUGCUGGGCUGAGCUCGCCGCGCCCGCCCGCGUCGCGAGAUGCGGCCCAGAGAUCGCCGCGCGGGUCGCGAAGCCGCUGGCCCAGCUCCCCAGGCCGGCCUGCUGCCCAGAGCUCGGCCUGCUGGCCGGAAUCGUGGAGGGGUGGCCGGAGGUCGCCGCGCGGGCCGCGGUCGAGCUGCUUGCCGAGCUCGGCGCCUUCGUGGCGAAGCUGGGGGAAGCCAGGCGCGCCUAUGCGAUGGCCGCAGGCGUCGCCCACGACAGGCGUCGCCCACAGGGUCCGGGACGGAUCGACGCGCAUCGGGCUUUCGGCAUCUCAGACCACAGGAGGUUCGAGGCCGCCGGGAGUCCGUGCAAGCUCUUGCGCGAGAAGUGCAUGCCCAGUGAUAGAGCGACAGCGAAAGCAGCUCCAGCUCGUAGCGCGGCCGCCAGUGCGGAGCAGGGCACUUCGGCAGAGGGGGGGCAUCGGUGCCAGCAUGGGCCCAGGCAUGCACGAGGCGCUGGCACGGCCUCCGCCCUCGCCCGCGCGGGAGUCCGCAGCGCAUUCCGCAUGGGAAAAAGAGAGCAUGCUCAUGUGGAAGGGGUGCAGGAGCGGAGCGGAUGCACGGAGUCGCAGGACGCUCGCGUGCCCAUGGCCAUUUUGCCGUGGUGGCGCAGCCUCUGA